AUGAAAAAUGUGAAAUUCGAUCGUGAUGAUCGUUUUAUCGUCAGCUUGGGGUCGACGAUUUCCGAUGAUGAUAGCGAUAACCACACAGAUCCUCAAUUUCAUCAAUCAAAGAGUAAUCAUUUUGUGUCAGGAAUGUUAAAUCAAGAUCACAAAUUGUUGACUAACGUAGUGGAACGAGCAGCGGAUGAUAUUCUCAAAGCACUGAUGGAUGUUUCGCCUCCAGAAGGUUUCGAUAACUUGUCAGGAAAUUCACGAAUUCAACAAAAUUUUAAUCCAUCCCCACAACAAAUGAUCGCUGAUACAUCAACUCCUGAACUAUUUUCCGACAGUUUUGGGCAAUCGAAUGAUGGUGCACAGAAUUUAAGUUUCAGUCACAGAGUCAAUUCAGCUCGGCAAACUACAACCCCGUUUAAAGACUCUAUGGAAGAAUAUUUAUAUCACGAAGGUUUAAAUAAUAAUGCAACAGCAGCUGUUUCAAGACCUGCCCAAUCGCCACAUAAUUUAAGUUUAAAUACUCGAAUUAAAAUGGCUCACCAAAAUUUCUUAGAAAAUUGUCCAGACAGAGCAACGCCUCCAAACUCUCCAGCUGCUCAAUUGUCACAUGAUAGAAGCUUUAAUACUCGACCUCAGAGGACUCCACUAAAGUUUACAGCAAAUGAUGAUCUGCUUGAAAAUACCUCAAUGCCUUCAGGAUUUGAAGAAUAUUUAGAAUCACCUAAUGCUUCCACUUUGAAUAAUCGACAUCAGAGGGCGCGAAAGGCACUUCUGAAUGAAAUCGAAGAUACCGUUCAGAGAUUGGCAGAUAAUCUGAAACUCGUUGAUGAUGUUAAGUCACCACCACUUUUCAAUAAAAUAACAACUCAAAACCAACGAGAUCAGCUUUCACCAUAUUAUAAGAGUCCUCCAGGUCAAGCUACAAGUCCGAAAUUUUUGCAAUUUAGUCCCGUUCAACCGCUUAUGGAAUUCAGUCCCCAUCAUCUCACGCCGUUCAGUCCCUAUCACGCUGUUGAAACAAGUCCAAAAAAUCUUCGUCCAGCAUCCCCCAGAGUCUCACCCUAUCAAGGUGCACAAACAAAUUCAAACAUUAAUACUCGACGCCAGAGGACUCCACUAAAGUUUUCACCAAAUGAUGAUAAUCUGCUUGAAGAUACUUCAAUGCCUUCAGGAUUUGAUGAAUAUUUAGAAUCACCAAAUGCGACCAAAAAUCUUCGUCCACCAUCCCCUAGAGUUUCACCCUAUCAAGGUGCUCAAGCAACUCCAAAAAGUCCUCGACCAGUAUCUCCAAGAGUCAGGUACUCGCCACGUGCUGUACCUUCAUCUAAUAUACGACGAAGCUUAAAUAAUUCUCGAAGCCCACCAAAAAAUGUCGAAAGAAGAAGGAAUGAUAAUAACGAUCAAGGAGGAAAUCUUGAUAACAUAGCUCAGAUACAAGAGCCUAUUGAUCUUCCUCUAGAUCAAGCAGAAGAUGAACCACAAUUAAUGUCAGAAUUUCAAAAUUGGCUGGACCAAGGAGUCGUCCCAGUUCCAUGGGGCAGAACUGAAGAACCUCUUCAUCCCUUCGACGAUCAUGAACGCGAAUUUCUGAUUCGAGGCUUAGUAAUUAACGGGGUUAAUCAACUACGCGCUGCCCAAAUGAUUCUCGAUGGUCAAUAUGAUUACAUGAAUUAGACAUAAAUUAUCAAUUUGGGAAGUUAAAUAAAACACAUAAACUA